CCACGACGUGAAACCGCUAAAUAUUGAAUUUGAAGGUGUUGUAAAUGCGAAAGCCUGAAAAGUUGUCGUCUUCGUCGUGUUGAUGUGUCUCUGAUGGCAGUGGGAACCCAGAAGCUCAAACUCCCUCCUUUUUCCUCUGUCUUCACCAAACUCUCUUUUUCCACAACGCCCCAUAAUCACUCUGAUGCUUCCAUGGUGGAUACCCUAAUUUCCGUCUUCUCCAAACAACCCAACGAACUCAACCGCUUCGCACCCACCCUCACCCCUCACUUAGUCGAGUCCGUCCUCAUGCGCCUCCGCAGUUGGAAGCAAGCCCACUCCUUCUUCCACUGGGCCUCCGACCAGGGCCACCACGGCUACCGCCACACCUGCUACACCUACAACGCCGUCGCCUCCAUCCUCUCCCGUUCCCGCCAAACCGCUCCUCUCAAAGCCCUCGCCAAAAACCUCACUGAUUCCACCCCUUGUUCCUUCACCCCCGGCGCCCUGGGCUUCCUCAUUCGCUGUUUGGGCCAUGUGGGCCUUUCCCACGAGGCCUCUCACCUGUUCGACGAAAUGCGCCAAAAGGGUCUAUGCGUUCCCAACGACUACUCCUACAACUGCUUGCUGGAGGCUCUGUCCAAGUCUGGGGAUGUUGAUUUGAUGGAAGAGAAGUUGGAGGAGAUGAAGGGGUUUGGGUGGGAGUUUGAUAAGUUCACGUUGACCCCUGUGAUGCAAGCGUAUUGUAAAGCUCGCAAAUUUGACCAUGCUUUGAGGGUUUUUGAUGUCAUGAGGGAGAAGGGUUGGGAUGAUGAAAACGUUUGCUCUGUGUUGGCCUUGUCGUUUUCCAAGUGGGGUGACGUGGAUAAGGCCUUUGAGCUGGUGGAGAGGAUGGAGGGGCGUGGGAUGAGGCUAAAUGACAAGACUUUUUGUGUUUUGAUUCAUGGGUUUGUGCAAGAGGGCCGGGUUGAUAGGGCGCUUCAGUUGUUUGAUAAAAUGUGCCGGGUUGGUUUCACUCCUCAUGUUUCCUUGUUUGAUGUUCUCAUUGGAGGGUUGUGUGAGGUUAAUGAUGCUCCUAGAGCUUUGAGCUUGCUUUCGGAUAUGAAGGAGUUCGGGGUUGCACCGGACGUUGGUAUCUUUACUAAGUUAAUAUCGGCUUUUCCGGCCAGAAGUGUGAUUGUUAGGUUGCUGGAAGAGGUUCCGGAUAAGGGAGAGGAAGACGAGCGAACUCUUGUUUUGGUUUACAAUGCUGUUUUGACUUGUUAUGUUAGUGAUGGGUUGAUGGAUGAAGCCUGCCGCCUUCUGAGGAUGAUGAUUGGGGGCGAAUCCAGUGCUGGAGUUCAGAUGAAUGUUUUCUUCAAGAUCAAGAGAUUGGUUUGUCCGAAUGAGGCUUCCUUUAGCAUUGUCAUUGAUGGCUUGCUCAAAAAUGGUCAGUUGGACCUUGCCCUGAACCUCUUCAAUGAUAUGAAACAAUUUGUUGGUAGGCCAAGUGUUUUGAUUUACAACAAUCUGAUCAAUUGUCUUUGCGGUUCUAAUAGAUUGGAGGAAAGCCGUGAGCUCUUGAGAGAGAUGAAAGAAUCAGGAAUUGAACCAACGCAUUUCACCUACAACUCGAUAUAUGGAUGCCUGUGUAAAAGAAAGGAUGUUUUAGGAGCCACUGAUUUGUUGAAGGAGAUGCGGGCUUGUGGGCUUGAACCGUGGAUAAAAAAUUCCACACUUCUUGUGAAAGAACUAUGUGACCACGGGAGGGCUGUAGAAGCAUGCAAUUUUCUUGACAGCAUGGUUCAAGAAGGUUUCCUUCCAGAUAUAGUUUCCUAUUCUGCUGCUAUGGGGGGCUUGAUCAACAUUCAAGAAGUGGAUCGAGCAUUGAGCUUGUUCAGGGAUUUGUGUUCUCGUGGCCGCUGUCCUGAUGUGGUUGCUUUUAACGUAUUGAUGAGAGGGCUCUGCAAGGCCAACAGAGUCACAGAGGCUGAAAAGUUGCUGGAUGUGAUUGUUGGGAGCGGUCUUUCUCCCUCAGUUGUGACUUACAAUGUGCUCAUAGAUAGUUGGUGCAAAAAUGGUUCUAUUGGUAAGGCUAUGGCACUUCUUUCCACAAUGUCUGGAGAAGACAGGGAACCAAAUGUCAUUACUUACUCAACUUUGGUGGAUGGAUUGUGCAGAGCAGGAAGGCCUGAUGAUGCACUCUUGGUUUGGAAUGACAUGGAAAGAAAAGGUUGUUCUCCUAAUCGAAUUGCUUUUAUGGCACUUAUUAAUGGUCUAUGCAAAUGUUGUAGGCCAACUACAGCCCUCCAUUAUUUACGUGAGAUGGAACAUAAAGAAAUGAAAGCUGACUCAUUCAUUUAUAUUGCAUUGCUAAAUGCUUUUCUAUUGGAUAAGGAUUUGGCCUCUGCAUUUGAGAUUUUUAAAGAGAUGGUUUACUCGGGAUUUUUUCCAGAAUCCCAUGAUAAAAAUUACUCCAUUGUGAUGGAGGCAAUAGAGAAAUUUUCUAAGGAUCACAUAACAUCCUCAGGUAUUCAAGUUCUGAGGGAAGAGGGAAAACUUCCUACACAUUGUCCGUAAACUAUUGGAACUGAAAGUUAAAUCAAAUGGAGUGCGACUGCUAAAGGAGGCUCUGGUAUUUUUGAAGAUACAUGUUGCUUGUCAUUUGUCAAGUUGGCGGCUAUACUUCAUUUGGAUCCAGACGGAAUACAAGAGGAAAGAAAGUGAAAAAAAUAAUAAUAAUCAUUUUUCCCUUGCUUUGUUUGAAAUGAGAAACAAAAGAAAUGAAAUAUAUCAUGUUUAAUAAUUCAAAUCCAAAACAUGUGACAAAAUAUUAAUGUGAAAUGGGAUAUAUUUAAUUUAUCGAUUUAUAUCA